UCUCCCAAUAAUUUCUUUGAACUUGAAUCCACGGUUCUUGAGCUGUAGUUACCCCUAUUCCUACAUCUAACUCCCAUUAGUCAUAUAAUCAUAAAUGACAAGAAAAUCAUAUCUUCGCCGACACAAACCAGCAAUUGAACCAGAUUUUCAGUGAUGAAAGUUUUCCAAUACUUAUGAUUUCCAAUAUGUAUUCGCGCAGACCUUGUUUAGAUUCAUUUGAAAUUUGCUUGACUAAUGAAACCAUUGGUUGCUGCUUGAGUUCUUGAUAACAGUAUCGAUAAGGACCAGUAUCCAACUCCCAAUCUUCUAAUGUAUGAAUGUUCUUAAUUUUUCUAAUCACAUGGAAGAUAGCAAAGGAUAUUGUGAUAAUUGCAAGAAAAUUUGAUGAAAUUGCGAACCUCAUUGUUAACUCAUAUGCUUCCUUUUUUGAUCAUCCAGAAGCGAAGGCAGAGAAGAAAGAUUCAAAGCUCGAGCUUGCCCAUUCGUCUUAAAGCUCCAGUCCAAUAUAUUAGUGAGAUAUCUAUAGGAAAUGACAUGAUUGGCAAUUUGGGUUUCUUGAAAGUGGGCAAAAUAGUCAUAUCGAGAAGAUUUUAUGCAGAACCAUAAUCAGUCCAAACCCAGAUUGCAUAUUUACUCUUGAGAUUUUAGAUCUUGUCUUGAACAAUCGUCCAUUAAACAUAGCAAAAUUUAGAUGUUAAUUUCUAAUUUGUUUUUAACAAAAUUUUGAUUCGUAAAUUAAAAAUUUAUUUAAUAAAUUGAUUUUUUUUAUUAAAAUUAGACUAAGUUUGUUAAUUAAUGAAAAAUAAUAAUAAUAAUGUCUCCCUGAUGAUAUAUAUAUUAAUUUGUUUUUCCUUUCAUUUUUAUUCCUCUGCAUAAGAUAGAAAUCCAUCUGGUGGAGACUCCAUUGCUGAGAUUUUGAGGUCUGUUCAAACCCAUUUCAAUCUAACAAGAUUCAGCUUUCAGGACGCUCCCUCCUUUCUUAAAGUUAUGUGGCUACGUGGCCGUAUAGAGCAACACAUUCAUAGAGUGGAGCUUCUCUGCUUCUGAGGCUAAUAAAAUCCCUUGAAUCACAGAGCCCAGCAGUGGAACCAACACAAACCGGUCCUCUGGAUAAAUAUGCUGCAAUGGCACUAUUCCAAGAAACUUUAUUGCCACAAAGAAGCUUCUGCCACCGUCACUCUGAUAUGGAACAGCCAAGUGCAUCUCAAAUGAACAAUGGGACAGAAACUGAGCUUCCCCAAUAUCAAGCAAGGAUUGGACUAGUGGAAAUGUUUUCUACAUUGUUUUCAUCACUUUGUCCACGACUGCCAAAUUUGCAGGAGCUAAACUUGGAUAGUUGCAGUUUUCUAAAAGUGGUUUUUCCUCCCGCUAUAGCCCAACAACUGGUGCAACUUAAAAAGCUGAUUAUCCAUGGAUGUUCUGAGAUGGAAUUUAUUGUUGCAGAAGAACAAGAAGAAGAAAAAAACAAGAGAAUAAGCAAAAUAGUGUUUCCUAAACUAAUUUUGCUUGAUCUUCGGAAGCUACCAAAGCUAGUGGCUGUUUGUCCUGAUAGUCAUAUUUCUUUUGACUGGCUCUCAUUAGAACAAUUGAAUUUACUUAGUUGUCCCGAAAUGAAGACACUUUGUGCUGCAAUUCCAGGCUCAACAUCACUGAAUAAAAGUUUUGAUCAAAUUGACCUUAUUGGUGGCAAGAAAAUCAUGUGUCCAAGAAGCUCAAUUACUCAAGGGUUGGUAAGAAGAGGUAGGGAGCGAAAAAAUGUCUCCAGCAAAAAGGAUAUCAAACAGCCGAGUACAUUCCAAAUGAACAAUGGACAAUUUCAAUCAAGUAUUGAACCAGCGGAAAUAAUUUCCAUAUUACUUCCAUCAAAUUGGCUACUAUUACCAAAUUUGCAAAACCUUCAUUUGGGUGCAUGUAAUUCGCUAAAAGUGAUUUUUCCUCCCUCUGUGGCCCAACAAUUGGUGCAGCUUCAAUAUUUAAAUAUCCGUGGAUGUUCUGGGAUGGAAUACAUUGUUGCAGAAACACAAGAACAAGAAAAAAACAAGGGAACAAACAAAGUAGUGUUUCCUAACCUGUCUUUACUUGAACUUGUUACACUACCAAAACUGGUGGCUUUUUGCCUUGACAGUCAUGUUUCUUUUGAUUUUCCCCUGUUAAAACGAUUGAACUUGUAUGGUUGUCCCAAUAUGAAGACAUUUUGUUUUGCAAUUUCAAGCUCAUGGGCAUUUAGUAGAAGUGUUGAUCAGACUAAUAAUGGAUUUGAUGGCAAGCAUGCACAUAACUCAAUAGUUCGAGGUUUGCUAAAAGGAGGAAGAGAGCAAAAAUAUGUUUCCAGCAAAGAGGUCUCACUAGUCAAGAACGAGGAGGAUCCAUCUGUUAGCCAGAUUGAUGAGAAGACAGAGACAUGUUAUGCAUUUCCAUCCAAAUUGAUUGAAGGGUUUCAAAAUUUGGAAAACCUUGAAAUGGAGAAAUCUGAUACAUUGGAAGUGAUAUUUUCAUUUGACGGGUUGAUUCUUCAGGAGUACCAUGCUACUAUUGGAAUCCUCAAUUCUUUAAAGGAGUUGCAUUUAAGUAGUUUAUCUAAGUUAAUGCAUAUAUGGUUCAAGAUUCCGCCAGAAAUAUCAGCCUUCCAAAACCUGCAACUGUUGAGGGUAAAUUCUUGUGAAAAUUUAACGUAUCUUUUCUCUCCUCACUCUGCCAAACUUCUAGUAAAGCUCCAACAAAUAGAGGUUACUGGCUGCAAGAGGAUGAUGGAAAUUAUUGCGAAAGAGGAUGAAGAAGAACAAGAAGCAAGCAUGAACAAGAUCGUGUUCCCUCAGCUAAAAUCUCUGAUAUUUGCGAAUUUACCCAACCUCAAGAGUUUUUACAGUGGGACUUAUGCUCUUGAAUUACCAAAGCUAGAGAAACUAAAAAUAAGUGAUGAGAACUAUCCAUUAAUGGGAGACCUUAAUGCAACUGAAAAAGAAGUGAUGUUGACAAGAUUACUCAUCCAUUGCAAGAAAAUUUUGAGAAGGAUAGAGAAUGGCCAACAAUCAGAAGGCGAUUUAAGCAAUGUACGUGUUCUGGAAGUUGAAAACUGUGAAAAUUUGGUGAAUCUCAUUCCGUUCAAUUUGAUAGAGUGCCUUCAAAAGUUGGAAAAGCUUAUUGUGCGUAGGUGUGGUUCAUUGAUGGAGAUGUUUGAUUGCCAAGGAACGAAUACUGAUGUAGGAUAUUUUGUAACAUUCUCUCAUCUUGAAGAAGUCCAACUGUCAGAUCUACCAAAACUGAUGAACAUAUUCACCAAAAUUCCAGAAAAUGUCAUUGGCUUUCGGAAGCUGAGAAAGCUACAAGUUCAUAUAUGUGCCAGUUUGAGAAACAUAUUCUCAGUUUUUGUGGCUAAGGGUCUUGUACAACUCCACGAACUAGAUAUAGAGAGUUGCUAUAUGUUGGAGGAAAUAAUAGUUGCAAAAGAGGAUGAACAAGAAGAAGAAGAACCAAGCAAGGAAAAAAUUGUGUUCCCUCAAUUAAGGUCUUUGCAACUUCGAAGUUUACCCAAUCUCAAGUGUUUCUACAGUGGGAUUUAUGCUCUUGAAUUUCCAUUAUUAGAAAAAUUGAAAUUUUGUGCUUGUAAUGGGAUGAAGACUUUCUCUUAUGGAUCCUUAAGCAUGCCAAAGCUAAAGGAACUUAAAAUAAAUUAUGCUUACCAUCAAUUAAUGGGAUCUCCAGACCUUAAUGCAACAAUGAGUCAAUUGUUCAACAUGAAGAAAAGAGGAACUUGAUGUUACUAUGGAUGAUAGUGAGGAUGAACUUGACCUUAUUUUCGGAAGGUGGAAUUUUAAAAGGUGAUCAACUAUAUCUUAAGGAGGAUGAAUCAGAUGUUUUUGAGAAAGCAGGAGCUGAAGAACUACUUCAAGUCCUUCAGGAUUCCCAGCUUCGGGCAGAAGAGAAAAGUGGUUUUUGCAUAUGUAAUAUUGGGUUAUCAUCUUUAGAUAUAUAUUUUAACUAGACACCCUUUCUUUUAGGUAAACUUAUUUUAGAGACUAACUUUAUCAUAUUUAUAUAGAUUAUUUGCUCAAUGAUUUAAUUUAUCUUUCAAAUCA